GAGAUGUGGCAACACUUUUUUCAGUCGUAGCUUCCUAUUACAAUUUUCACGGGUUUUUGUGUGUGUUUUCGUCGAAAACUAAAAUAAAAACGAAUAUUAAUUAAUAAUUGCGGUGCAAUAAAGUGUUUAAACGUUAGACGUGCUAAUUUGUAUGUGCGCCGUGUGUGAAUUGACGUAAACGUUAAAAAUAUGGCGAACGUAAGGGACAGCGACACAUCACUGUGGCUGCAUAAUAAACUGGGCACAUCAAACGAUUCGUGGAUAAAUGGUUCAAUAUGCUCGCAAUUAAACAAAGAGGUUUUGCGCAACAUCAAAGAGUGUUUUCCCGAUCUGCAGACACAAGUCAAGUUAAAAUUGCUGCUCAGUUUUCUGCAUAUACCGCGCCGUCUGGUCGAAGAGUGGAAAAGCGAGCUUGAGGAGGUGAUCGAAGUGGCGGGUCUCGAUUCCGAGUUAUGGGUCUCCAUGCUGGCGGAAACAAUGAAAACAUUUCCGGCGACCAGUUCGCUGAAUACAGAAAUCUCCGAUUACGAGGAUACGCGACCAAUCUUCACCGACAUGGUCAACGAUUUGCGUAAAUUGGUCAACAAACACUCUGACCUGGGCAUGUUGCCGCUGGAGUGUCAAUAUCUAAACAAAAACGCACUGAUCUCGGUGGUUGGACAACAGCCGGCACCAGUGAAGCAUUUCACACUUAAACGCAAGCCCAAGAGCGCUCAGCUGCGCACCGAGUUGCUGCACAAAUCCGCAGAUGCGCAAUCUUCGCUCAAGAAAUCAUCGGCACCAACUAUUCCGUUGCGUUCGCGUGGCAUGCCACGUAAGAUGACGGACACUACGCCACUAAAGGGCAUUCCAUCGCGCAUGCCCACCACAGGCUUCCGUUCGCCUAGUGUGCCCGGCAAUGCGCAGCGUCCAAAUCUCAGUCGCACACCGGCCGGACGCAAGGAUGGUGGCAUCAAGAUACUCGAAUUCACAGAACAGCCGUUGGGCUAUGCCGCGGCUAAAAAGCGUAAACGUGAACAACAGCUGGAGGAGCAGGCCAAGAAGCAAGAACAAAAGCAACAGGCAGCAGCGGCGGCUGCUGCAGCUGCUGCGGCCACCAAUAACAAUAGUGAUGAAAGUCCGCCUGCUGAGGGCGGCGCUGCUGUAAAUGCUGCUGCAGUUGGUGGCGAGACUCCAACAACGCCCACGUCGGCUAACAAUAGUUUCGAAAUCAAGUUGGAGCCACAGUUGAAUCAAAGCACCGGCAGCUUGGAGGAGCAACCAGACGAAGAUUUCAAGACACCAGAGCUGGUGGCCAAGGCGUUGCAACCAGAGACGCCCGAAACACCUGAAUAUGCAGCUGCUACGCUUCAGUUUGCACAGACAACCACAGCAGCAGCAACGCCAGCGGUUACUGUUGUUGCCACAACGCCCACAAGGGCCAACAAAGCGGAAGCGAAAGCAAAGACAACUAAGGCCAAGGCAAAUAAUAACAAUAAUAACAAUAACAAUAGCUACCACAAUACGCCGAAACGCAUUAAGCAGGAGAUUGAAAUCAAGAGCGAGGAAAUUAUUGUGCCAGCCAACAUCAAGGUGGAAAAGAUUGAUCCUCCGUCGCAAACGACGCCCACACGCGCCACGCAAGCGCAGACAACGUCGCCAACUACACCAGUAACUCCUCAAACGCAGCAGCGAAUCAUUAUUCAGCAGCAGCCACAGCAGGCGCAGCGUGCUUCACAACUGCUAAUACGCAGCACUCAGCAGCAGAAGCGGCCGUAUAACAACAACAACAAUAGCACAGUCACUGCCAGCACAACAGGAACGACAACUACCGUUGGCAAUACGACUAUAAAAAUGGAGAAACUGGAAAUAAAGCCUAUACUACGGGCAGCAACAGCAGCAACAUCGGCCUCAAGCAGCACACCAAAUACAAGUACCAGCAACAACACUACCACCACGAUAUUGACGCCACAGCAACUGCGGCAGGCAGCCAGUCCGUUGGCCAAUCUGCCCAAUAAUAUCUCUGUGAAGAUAACAUCGGCAAAGGCCAAGGCCGCCGCCGCAGCAGCUGCUGGCAGUGGUGCCGGCAGCAGCGGAACACAAGCCACGUCACAGCAGCAGCAACAACAACAACCCAUACUAAUCAAUAGUUCGACGCCUGUCAUCUUGGCCUCCUCGCCAAGCACGCAGCGUGCGAAACCAAUUGUGGCGUCCACGAGUGCAACAACUACCACAACCAUACCUUCGCAGGCUAUUAAGACGAUGCCGCUGAGUCAGCUGAAGACAGCAGCCAACAGUGGGCCGGUCAUUAUUUCGCAGACCAUUAUUCAACCGGCCAAGCGUGCCCAGCAGCAACAACAGCAGCAGCAGCAACAACAGGCAGGCACAUCCAGCGCAGCAGCAGCAGCAAUUCAGCAGCAGCAGCAACAACAACUGCAGCAGCAACAGUUGAUUGCAACCACGUCACAGCCACAGACUACAACGCAAUACAUUCUGGCAGCGCCACAGCCACAACAACAACAGCAACCUACGCUACCCACAUUGACCUCCUUCACACAGGCGCGUCCAGCGCCACAAACAACAACGCUUUACCAGACCUCAGCGGCCGGCAGCAGCGGCACGCCGACAAAGAUACUGCUAAAGACAAGUGGAGCAUCGGGUGUGGUAAUGACACCACUGCGACAGCAACAACCAGCACCCACAUUGGUGCAAUCCAAUAACCCGCCCCCGCUUGUGGCCACCACGGCAGCUGUGGGCCAGCCUGGCCAGCAGACGCUCAACAUACAGAAUGUACAGUUGCCAAAUCGUCCGGUCACCAUACAGCCAGCCUCACAGGCUGCCCAGCAACAGCAUCUGCAGGCACAGUUGCAGCAACAGCAGCCGCAUCCGCAGCACACCAUUGUGGCCAACACAACGGCCACACAACAGCCAAAGCUGUCGCAGGUGUUGAUGCAACCAGGCGGCACCAUUGCGGGCAGCACAUUGAAUGUGCCGGCGGCAGCGGGUAAAAACAAAACGAUCAUACUCACCCAGAAGGGCGUCAUCCUGCGAAACAUUGGCGGCGACAUGUACCAGCAAAUACCCAUGAGUAAUGUGGGCACUUUGCCGGGACUUGGCACCACUCUCGUAACCACAUCGGCGGCCGGUCCGCCCAGCCUGGUGAAGACGACGGCAUCGACGAGCGCCCAGCCACAAACUAUACAACUGCAGCAGCAACAGACACAGUCUGGCAAGCAGAUGAUGCCCACGCUAAUACCAACCAAUCCCAUAGGUGGUCAGCAUGUUAUUGUGCAACAGCAGACGCCAACGAGCGUCAUUGGCAAUUCGGCACAGCAAACGAUUAUAAGGCCGGUCAUGACGAAUGUGAGUGGAGGUUUGACCACGCUGCCGCAGGGCCUGACGUUGAUACAGCGGCCAGGACAACAGCCGCAGCUGGUGCAGGUGCAGGCGGCGCCAACACAUGGCACACAGCGUACGAUUAUCACGCAGUCAGCCGCGUCGGCGCCGCAACAGCAGCCGCGCCAGCAGCAGCAACAGAUACUGGUACAGCAUAAGCCGGCCCUGCAGCAGCGUUUGGUCACCUCAACGAGCACGACAGGCGGCGCCCAGUUGCAGCCCGGCAACAAUACGGCCAUUCCCCGCACAGUUCAAGUGCAGGUCACCCAGCAGCAGACGCAACAACAGCAAACAACUGCGCCGACAGCCCAGCAAACACAGCAAGCGCCGCAGAGGCGAGGACUUUCACUUUCGAACGAGCACGUACAUAAAGCGCACGAGAUGUUCCGCAAGGCGAAUCGUGUCUCGCGGCCCGAUAAGGCGCUCAUCUUAGGCUUCAUGGCGGGUCUGCGUGAGAAUCCGCGACCAAAUACAGAAAAUGUAUUGGUCAUUAAACUAGGUGAAACAGAGGAAAAAGUGCAGCAGGAGGAUGGCAAUACGGCACUGUGCCUGGUGGAGUCGCACAUCCGUUUGGAUUACAACACCGGCGAAUGGAAGACAUUCCAGAACUACAGUGUAAUGGAUCAGAGCGCGGCCUCAUAGUCCACAAGGGUUAUACGCAUAGUGCGCAAGUAAUAGGCAUUUGCUGUGGGCAGUUUACUUGUGACACAUUGCGUAUACGCUUCCAUGUGCUAUGCUUUUAUCUAAGGGCUGAAUGCUGAUUCGGACUCUAAAUUCUGAUUCUGGGCUUUACUCGUCGUGGUCGUCGCCGUCGUCGUCAUCGUCAUCCGUUCUGCAUGGGCAACAGCAACAGCUUCGCUAAUUAGGCAACUAAUCCGAUUUUCACAUGCAAAUUGCAUGCGGGAAAUAAUAAUGAACUAUAAAACAAUUAACGUAAAUUAGUAGCUGUACAGUUUUUAGUAUAUAUACAUAAUAUAUAGUAUAUGCUAUUGCUUAAAAUGUUUAAUAAUCACACAUACACAAAGCAAAAAUGUAUGUAGAGAGAUAUAUGCAUAUGAUACAUAUGAUUACACUUAGCUUUGACUGCACGCUUGACUGGAGUGCAGUGGAAGAGGAAUAAAUGAUCGAGGCAUGCAAACAUAGGGAAUGGCGAACAGCAACAUGAUCAUACACACUCCCAUAAACACAAACACCCUCCACUCACACACAUACAACCAUACAAAACACACACAGUUAUAUAAAUUUAUAUAUAUAUAAUUAUUUGUGUAUGCAGAUGCAUAUUAUAAACUUAGCAUUAUGUAAUUAGUUUGCGAAAAAAGUGUAUAAUUAAUUUAGCAAGAAGCAUAAAUAUUUCGAGCUACGAAAAGUGCUCACUAUAAAUUACAAAAAAAAAAAAAACAAACAAAAAAACGGAACACAAGAAAAAAACCAAUUAUUAAAUAUGAAUAUAUAUGUAUAUGUAUAAAAAAAAAUCAUUGGCAAGAGCAACCGCAGCAAAACUAUCUUGUAAUCAUGAGAAAUGUGUAAUAGUCUAGAAUAAACCAACCAUAUUUAUGGCUUUAAUGUUUAAACCUGUCGUCUAUCGUCUGACUAACGCAAUCAAUGGAAAGGCUGCAUCAAUUAUCCAAAUGCAAUAAUCGAAAGACAAACGAGACAAAGUCACGUUAAUUAUUGUUGAUUAUUUUGUUUAAU